AGGAUCUGGUGAAUAUGUGGGAAUGCUUGAAAAAGCUGGAACAGGACAAGAUUGGUUUUGAACCAAUACAGGGGCCUUGUCCAAAGAGGAUUCUUAAAGUUGUUGCAAAAUUGAGAACUAAGAAGGUUAGUACAGAGGAAGUGCAGAAAUGGGAGCAGGAGGAGAUGGAGCAGUUUUGCAGGGCAGGGGGAUUGGAGGCUUUGGAUCUGUGAUGGCUUUGUCUGGUGGUGGUGAUCAUCUGCAUGAAGCUGUGGCCUUGCUGAGGUCAUUGAUGAGAAACAAUGAGGAGAAUGUUGUGAAAAAGGCUUUCCAGCCAGCUGCCAUGGCUGCUUUGUUAAGGAUUCUGGCUUGCAGUUCAUGUAAUGUUCAGGUACAGGAAAAUGUUCUAGGACUUCUGUGGGAAUUUUCUGUUUAUGAAGAAAUGAAUUAUAGGAUAGCUAACACAAUUGUUAAUGACGAUGUGCUGUUUGAAAGACUGGUUCGUUUUUGUGGGUGUUCUUGUUCUUCUUCUGUGAUUGAAUUCUGUGCAGCAGCACUCCUGCAAAAUCUAUGCAAGAAUGAGGACAUGAGAAGUAAAGUUUCAUCAACUGAAGGAAUUGCAGAAGGAUUAUUGUAUUUGAUAGAAAGCUUUGAUAUGCCUGCACAGGUCAAGGCUUUGGAAAGGUCUGAGAAUUGCAACUCCCCAAUGGUUAUGGGGUGGUGUGUCUCAAUGCUAGAUUGUGGUUUUGAAACAUAUCAGAUCAGAGGGCUGGACUUGCUGCUGGGGUUCUCUCAAUCUAUUGUCUUUCUGCAGCUUGCAUCACAUGAAGGUGCUAUAUCAAGACUGGUUAAAUUGCUAAACUCUGGUUCCACUACAGUGCUUGAGAAAGCCAUUGAGGCAUUGUACAUGCUCUCCAUGCCUGAGGAGAAUGAGGUAAAAAUAGCCUCUCAUGACUUGGCCAUCCAGAGGCUCACAGCUUUUUUAGAAUCGGAUUCCUCCUCUGUGAGGGGAAAUUCAGUUAAGGCAUUAGAAAGCCUCUCUUUCAAUCAAAUUAACAAAGAAAAAAUACUCGAACAGAACAGAGCAUUGGAGAAGGUUGCAGCUUUACUCUUCCAUGAAUCCCUUGCUGCACAGUCUAGUGCUUGUAGUCUACUUUGGAACCUCUCCAACACCACCACAGCCAACAAGAUUAAGAUUUCUUCCAUUCAUGGAGUCCCGCAGAGGCUCUCUGAUUUGUUGCUGUCCAACUCUCCUCUUGUUCAGGAGAAAGCAGCAGGAGCCAUCAUGAGCCUUUCAUACAAUGGUGGAAGCAGAAAGAUGAUGUCCUCUGCAGCUUGUAUAUUUGAAAGAUUGAUCAAGCUCCUUGAUUCUGUCUCAACUUUGGUGCAUCAGAAUGCAGCAGGUGCUCUGUAUAAUCUGUCCAUAAGCCCACAAAAUAUUGCAGUAAUUGGAGCUCAUCCAAGAAGUGUGGCAAAUCUCGUUACUCUGUUAUCUUCUAAGUGUGGUCUUGUACAGGAGUAUGUAGCAGGAGCUCUGGGGAAUCUUGCUUUGUUUGAAGAGAUUAGAGAGGAAAUGAAACAAAAGGGAGCCAUGCCCUUGCUGAAGAAACUCAAGAACAACUCUUCUAACAUAUCAGUUAAAACACAGGCUAAGAGAGCCCUAGAUAAUCUCAUGGUAUGAGAUAAAUUUCAAAUAUAUGCCUUUUGGUGUUCAUUUCA